AUGGUAACUGUAUCUGAAAUUCGAAGGGCUCAAAGGGCAGAAGGCCCUACAACUAUCUUAGCUAUUGGCACUGCAAAUCCAACAAAUUGUAUUGAACAAAGCACAUAUCCUGAUCUCUAUUUCAGAGUCACAAACAAUGAGCACAAGACUGAAUUAAAAAAGAAAUUCCAGCGCAUAUGUGAUAAAUCUAUGAUUAGGAAGAGACAUGUGUACUUAACAGAAGAGAUUUUGAAAGAUAAUCCAAAUUUUUGCUUCGAUAAGACACCUUCUUUGGAUGCUAGGCAAGACAUGAUGGCGGUAGAGAUACCUAGACUAGGGAAGGAGGCUGCAGUGAAGGCUAUCGAAGAAUGGGGUCAACCGAAGUCAAAUAUUACACAUUUAAUUUUUUGCACCUAUAGUGGUGUAGACAUGCCUGGUGCGGAUUACCAACUAACAAAACUCUUAGGUCUUAACCCAUAUGUGAAAAGGUACAUGAUGUACCAACUAGGGUGUUAUGCAGGUGGAACAGUACUUCGUUUGGCGAAGGACUUAGCUGAGAAUAACAAAGGUGCUCGUGUGUUGGUUGUUUGUUCUGAAAUCACUGCAAUCUCAUUUUGUGGACCUAGUAAUACUCACCUACACAAACUUGUUGGACAAGCAAUAUUUGGAGAUGGAGCUGCGGCAGUCAUUGUUGGCUCUGACCUAGUACCUGAAAUUGAGAAACCUUUAUUUGAGUUAGUUUGGACUGCACAAACAAUUGCUUCUGAUAGUGAAGGAGCUAUUUGUGGUCAACUUCGUGAAGUUGGGCUAACAUAUAAUAUUCGUAAGGAUGUCUCUGAGAUUGUCUCAAAGAAUAUUGAUAAAGUACUAGUUGAGGCAUUUCAACCAUUAGGAAUCUCUGAUUAUAACUCAAUCUUUUGGAUUGCUCAUCCGGGUGGUCCUGCAAUUCUAGAUCAAAUUGAGCAAAAGUUAGGCUUGAAAGCUGAAAAGUUGAGGGUCGUUAGGGAAGUGCUUAGUGAAUAUGGUAAUAUGUCUAGUGCAUCUGUAUUGUUCAUCUUGAAUGAGAUGAGAAGGAAAUCGACUCAAGAUCGACUUAAGACCACAGGUGAAGGACAAGAAUGGGGUGUAUUGUUAAGCUUUGGACCUGGACUUACCAUUGAAACUGUUGUUUUGCAUAGUAUAGUUAUAUAAGAUGCUCAAUUUUUUUUUUUAAUUAUGUAAUAUUUUC